GUCAGGAGUCGCAUGAAGAAGACCUGUGGUCUGCUUGUCCUCCUCAUCCUCAUAUCUCUAUGUGGAUGGCUACUCUCUCCUGUGUUGACCCAUUUGUUGGAUUUCAAACUGCCAAAGUUUCUACCUCUUCAAACCAACACCCAUGUUGAUGCUGCUGAGGAGAUCAAGGAGCUGAUAGAUCUAGACAUGCAGGACUUGACCGGAAUGAUGUCCAGCCUUGGUAACAGGAUCAUAGAAGUGGAGACUAAGAAUGCAGUGGUAAAAGUGCUGCUAGAGACGUCUGCCAGUGACAGACACACACAGGGGGUCAAACCACCUUCAGCUACCAACAACCAGCUAACCCCAGAGAUCCAACAGGCCAUGGAGAAGUGGCUCAGUUACCACAUCAAGGAGCAGGACGUAUUCAUGCUUGAUGACAAAAGAAGUGGACGUUCGAUAGGUGACGAAAUGGCUGACUUUGCCCUUGAGGUUCAAGGAGCCAGGGUGAUCACUUCCAGGUGUUCAGAGACAUAUCGUGGUAGUAGGGAGUUUUUGACCCUGUUUGGUUACACGAUGUUGACUGUCGAUGUGAGCCCACGGACCGUUAUUCAGGGUCUGGCACCACUGCUCCCAGGGAGGUGUUGGUCAUUCCCUGGUGCCCAGGGAACUUAUGCCAUUACUCUCUCUCAUCCGGUAAAGAUAACGCACGUGACAGUGGACCACGUCUCGCGCUACAGCUCACCCACUGGGAGCAUCAACUCCGCGCCCAGAGCCUUUGAACUCUAUGGAAUGACAGACAUCUCAGAGAAGAGAACUCUUCUUGGAACAUUCACCUACAAUAAGGGUGGCGAGUCCACGCAGACAUUUCAGCUGCUUAACCCAACUGACGACAUCUAUCGUGGUGUGGAGAUGCAUGUCCUCAGUAACUGGGGACAAGCUGAAUAUACAUGUCUUUACCGCCUUCGUGUGCAUGGGAAGAUCGCCUCCAAAUGA